AUGCCGAGACUCAUACGAAGGAAGCCGCUGGUCGAGCGAAUAAAAGACUACCUUAACCCGGGAGAUUUCUUGCUGUGGCUGUCUGAAGAGAUCGAAACGCGGGAUUGGGACUCCAAACAAUUUGCAACACCCUUCGCCCUUGGAUUGCAUAUUGUUUUUCUCAUAUCGAGGGCAAAUUGUGGUACUUCUGGCAGGAGUGGAGGAGAUGAUGUGUUUGGAGAUGAUUACUCGGGGACGGGUUGGUUCAGCUACAUGGCAACAGUGACCGUUCACCUCUUGACCUACUUUUCCAUUGGAAACGCGGUGUAUACUUUCACUCGAAGGCGGCAUUACCGGUUGUUUGAGAGCUCCAUCGAUGCCCCACAGUCCACUCCUUCCGCACACCGGGUUCGUGUCGAUUCUUCUCCAGUCGCCUCUUCGCCGCUGAGAUUUCUUACAAGCAUUCUUGGAGAUACAAGUGCCGAAUCUAGAGCGCAUCCUGAUCCUACUCGAGACGUGUGGGAGCUUGCGGUUUGGGACCCUAUCCCAAUUUGCUUGCGGUUGUUCUGCUUCUUUAGCCCGGGUCAUGUUCUUGUCUACUGGCUUUUUCUGCCAACCUUGGCCUCGGAUCCUCGGCCCAGCGUUACAGUCUUUACUGCCAUAAUCCUGGAAAUCUUACUGUCGUCGCAGUUAUUUCUCCUCCAGUCAGCCUUUUCGCAGCAAGAGAAGGAUUCUUCCAUCAUUCACAAGGAGGUCAUGAACGAAUAUGAUAUCAAAUAUGUUCACCCUCGACUGAACCCGCUUGUUCGUGAUGUAGGCACUCAAUUUUCAGGUCCGGGUUCUGAGACCAGACCGGAACAGGGCGAGGUAGAUACUUACACUCCGACGGUAAUUCUCAAACGAGGAUUCCGCCCCAAUCCUAAUCCAAAUUACGCAAAACACCUUGAUCCUGACAACACUGGCGCCGUACCACGACGGUCAUUUUCUCCGACGCCAUCUUUCACGCCAGCAGCAUACACCUCACGAGAACCAACUCCUUUCACGGGUGUAACACCACGACCUCCUCUCCGGCAGCCUCAAUUUCGACAGAGUUUGUCCGGGGUCGUUUCUUCAGGUACCAGCACGAGUGAUGGCGGCAGUCUCGGCAUAUAUAGCCAUGCUAAUUCCCCUCUCAAAAAAGCAACCAGCAUGUAUGAUAUUCAAGGAAAUGGACGACGUGAAACGCCAAGGAAUUCAGUCGAGAUGGCACGCCGGGAAAUUCAAGAAGAGAGGGAACGAAGCAAGAGUCCAGCCAAGAGGCAGAGCGAUGUAGCAAGACCAGUUCCAGCCUUUGGCAGGGCAAUUUUUUCGGAGGCCGAGUAUGAAAGAAGAACCAGUGCUCCAAACGCACUUGGAUUGAAGCAACGACCUGGAAAUUAUGAAAGCCCUUAUAAGAGAGCGCCCCCGAGAUUUUGA